AUGCUUAAGGUACAUGAAAACUUUUCUCGCUUUGGUUUUUGUGGUGAUUAUACUAUUGGUCUAAUUGAUGCCACACACAUUUUGAUUCACUUGGUGCACGAGAAUGACUAUGCACGGUUAUUCCUCAAACCACUGUGGUAUAUUGAUACCCCAAUUGCUCCAGUCUGGGUAUCCUUUCCACUGCUACCUAUUCACUUUCGGGCUAAGAGCAGUUUAUAUGCUAUUACUAAAGCUAUUGGCCUUCCGUUGCGUAUCGAUGAGGCAACAUCUGAUCUUCGUCGCCCCAGUGAUGCUAGAGUACGUGUGGAGGUUAAUUUGGACUACGAUCUCCCUGACAGAGUUUGGAUUGAGAGGGAAAAGAUUGGUGGCUAUUGGCAACAAGUUAUAUAUGACCAGAAGCCAGAAUUUUAUUAUAAAUGUAGACAUUUUGGGUACUUAGAAGUUCAGUGUAAACUUGGCAUAAGAUCAGCACCACCUCCUGUUGUUGAGCCUAUCCCUAAACUUGUUAUCCCUGCUAAGGAUAAGGACAAGGGAAAGGCAAUUCAGGGUGAGCCACGUCAGAGGUGGACCCCAGUUCAUAGAGAGCAGAAGAGACAGCAGGCUAGCACAUCAGGUGCACAUGUUUCCCAAGCGGAUCCACCUACUGUAGCCCAAUCAAUUGCAUCCAUAGUAGCCACUGCUUUAGUUAAUCCUCCAAUAGUGCAGUCAGUAGCUCCAGACACUAUUGCUCCUUCGAGUGCCAUUACACCAGCCUUGGCUCUAUCACAGCCUGUUAUUAAUAUUGAUAGUGAUUACACUGACCCCUUGGUUCACGACAUGUCUCGACGAACACAUGAUUCAGAGGCUAUAGAUACAGUUGUCAGACAGCUUCCCGGCCCUACACCUGGUCGUAUUGGUAAUCCUGCCUCUAGCUCUCCACUUGUUUGUCAACAGAACAUUGAAGCUUCUAUUCCUUCAGUAGAGUCUGAUCAAUCAGAUACUGAAGCUACAUCACAGAUUGAGGUCCAUCAGCAGGGUGUGUUCCGUAGGUCUUCUGUUGAGGAUUUGGUGGGUAUGGCUGGUAGAUCAGAGGAUGACGAUUUUGUCUGA